CCCAAAGUCGCAACAAACGAAAGCAAAAGACCCAAGGCUUGAGGGUAGCGGUAGCCCACUUUCACAAAACGAGCCCUGUCAGGUUCAUCUUCAGACGUGGUUCGCUCCGCUAAAACCCUCCUUAUACCUCCGACGCACACUAGGCCCUGAGAGUACUUGGACGGAAAAGAAGAGCAUAGCAUUUCGAAUCCGCUAGCCUAGAAAAAAUGGUGAAUAAAUCAUGGAGAAUUAUCCCAAGACCACUCCUGGAAACCGUGCUGAACAACCAUGCCCAGCACCACCGCGUCCCUCAACCACUGAUCCUCCACGGCCCUCGCGGCGUCGGCAAGACCACCCUCGUACUUGAACGUCUACUCGGCGAGUGGAACAAAGGCCCCCACUUAACCGGCUAUAUAGACUUUGCCCAAUCCAUCAAGGAUCACCAUCCACAAUUUAACCAGUCGUUUCCGUGGGCUUCUUGGUCCAAUUGCCCACCACCCACUUUGUCCAACUGCCGAACUCUGCUCGAACACACCCUUGAAUCAAUGGUCGAAAAGGGUGUCAAGCUUGGCAGCAUUAGCUCUCACCAGAUAUUCACCUCCCUCAAUAAAUGGCACGGCCUCAGCACGGCGCUUCGCCGCGUGAUUCAGGACAACAGUGGUGUAAAAAAUGCAGUCUUAGAUAAGGUCUCGGGUUCGGUGUUGUGGGAUCGGGCGGUCUUCGUACUCGCUGCUCGAUGUAAUGCCAAAGAGAUCGAUGGGGUGUUGGGUUUAAGUGAGAAACGGAAGGGCUUGCCAAUGGAAGAGGCUUUGUAUUUUAGGGAGGCGAUUGUGGCCUUGAGAUUGGCGAAGGAGGUGAUUAAGGCUCAACAAGGGUGGAGGGCUAACGCUAUCGCUCAUUUGAAUCGGACAGGCGGGUUUUCGAGGUCGUUAGCGAAUUCAUGUACUGAUUGGCCAUGUUUGUUACUGGAGUUGUUGUCUCAAGCCGCUGAAAUUGAUCAUUUUCAGCCAAAGCUGGUCAUUAACAAUAUCGAUGUUCUACGCAAUGCUACCCUAGAUGAUGAUUCAUCAGUCUGUGCAUCAUUGUAUCAUGACAGUUUCAUAUGGAGAAUAAUUGCUUUGGGCGCAAAUGAGCGGUGCCUGCCUGUCAUACUAGUUACGUCGGAUAGCUACUAUUCAUACCAAGCCUACAUGGAUUUUGGAUUUCCAGACAUAUUCAUCUCACGUGAGGCAUUCGGAUGGACUCCCCAGCAAGCUAAAAUGCAUAUGGUUCCUGAUUAUUUCAGUCAUUCAGAGUGGGCGGUGGUUGCUGAGGUGCUUGGGCCAACCCCUCGACAUCUAUUUGAGCUUUAUGCUCUUAAACAAAGUAACCAUUAUCAGAAGAUGAUGGGCGAUGAGAGUAGCACUUUCGAAGACAUCGUAGAUGCAUACUUAGCAUAUUUACAAAUUACCGUGGUGAAUCCUGCUAUGGAUAGAGCAUUGGGACUCCUGCAAAAGUUUGCUGUUGAUGCACAGAGUGGAAAGAUUUCAAAAGAUAAAUUACGGUUUGGGGCACCUUGGAGGCAUCCUCCAAAGACAGAUGACCCCACCCUAUGCAUCGAGUGGGCGAAGCUUCAACUGAUAGAUUUUAUUCAAUCUUUCAUCAAUACAGAGUUUGGGAUUAAUUAUCUAGCAGAUUGUAGUCUUGAGAUAUUUGAUGACCCUUCUGCUGUUGCAUUAGUAGAGGUUGGUUUGCUCUAUGCUCAACGAGACCCGUCCUUCAUUCGGCCCAUAUCUAGAGGGAUUCAGAGGUGUCUUGUGAGAUGGCUUGUCCAGCAGCAGAUGCAAAUGAGUUUCCAGAACUUGCUCCAGUAUCUGUGGCAACGAAUAAUACGUGGACGUAGCUAUCGUCAUUUGAUGCUAGAAGUAGGCUAUAAAUAGUGAACUGGCUUCUGUUGGCUAAGAUACAUUCACUUACUGAGGCCAGUAAUUUUUCAGGUUCCUAUAAACUAUUUUUUACAGCUGCAGGAACUGGCAGAUAUGCAAAAUCUGCCAUGGCUGAUUUCUAGAAAUUUUGCUGUUUUUCUCCAAUGUAGGUUGCUCCGGAAAAUCCUUUACAAUAAGAUUGAAGACUUAAAGAAUCCCUUGAACAAAUAGACAUUUUGCAUUUUGACAUGACUCCAAUGUAUAAUAAGGCUGAGUGUAGUCGGCAUUUUUCCUGUGAAUUGAUCAGGGCCCAAAAGCAGCAGCUCACCUGAAUGUAGGUUUGACUUGUAUGCAUAUCCUCAACAACAGAUUAUGUUUUAAAACACCAGUUUGAUAUGUUUUUUUGAAGUGCCAAUUGUAAUGUCUCCUUAUCAUUGCUGCAUGUUGUCGCUACCAUUUGUCGAUUGUAAUGUCUCUCUGAUUUGGAUGCCAUAAUUUUAUACUAUGAAAGGGGACCUCCAAGGGAUCAUGCUCAUGGACCUGCUCUUUUGGUGUGUUCUACUGUGGUAUUAAAAUAUAUAUAUAUAUAUAUAUAUUUUUUUUUACUUUGC